AUGGACUUUUUGCGAAUUUCAAGGUCUACCAUUGACGACUCCAUUACCCAGAAUCUAAAUGCCCUCGUAACGCCUGCUCGCACUGGGUUUGAUCCCCUAUCAACUGCUGCCCGGCAAACCGAGUUCGCAAAUAAAACCCAAGUGGACCCGGAAAGCUGCCAGAUAUUUAAAAACAAGGUGCUGUUCCCAUCUUGGCAAGUACGUUCAGAUGUAUUAAAUUAUUGCGCCGGCGUGGCGACGAGUCCGGAUCCAGAGGACCCUGAUCUGGUGUUGCGACAGGUGGAAUCUGCGAAGGAUAGAGAAAGAGUUAUGGACGAGCGCUUGGACCCAUAUUCUGCACGAUUUUUUCCUAAAGAAGCUCGGACAGAAUCACUCGCGAUGCUGAUACGGAACGAGCGGGGGGUAGAAAACAUUGUCCGGUCACGGACUUGGGGGAUGGUUUCCGAUAGAUGCGGCACUUCCUUUGAGGGUUGGGAAGACGCACUAAAUCGAUGGAGAGAGCAAUAG